GUUCAUGUCAGGUUCAACCCUCCUUUCUGCCACAAGAGGGCACAAACAGACACGAUCCCCCAACUCAACCUACGGACUCAAGACAAUAGCGCACUGUUAAAAGUGUUGAGCAACCUCACAGAUGUCUCAGUAGACUAGAGAACCAAGGAGAAGAAAGCAGUAAGAUGAUGUUCUUCAAACAAUGCCAUUUUAUAUGGAUCUUGAUAAUCUGCGAAUCUGUUUCAGGAGAUGAUGUGACAAAAGCGGUGAAUAGUGAAACUACGUUCACUCAAGUGACUGGAUCGGUUGCGCCUAGCACCACCAGCAUUAUAUGGAAACACAGAGACAAUGCUGGAACUGUUGUGAAGGUCAUUGAAUGGGAUCUGGAGGAUGGCAGCACUGACAUUCCCAACGCCAAAUUCAAAUCCCACGCAACUCUGGACAAAAACACUGGAAAUCUUAAUUUAAAAUAUUUGCAGCUCAAACACAGCGGAAUUUAUACAGUGGAAAUCAACAGCAAAGAGCAAAGAAAACAAUUCACUCUGACUGUUAUGGAGCCUGUCUGCAAACCUCAUAUUGUAAAAAAAUGCUUAUUGGAAGAUGUUAGUGGAUGUCUCUUGAUCUGUGUGGGUGAAGCCUCUUCUGAAAGUACAGUCAUUUGGAAAUACUGGGAUGGAGAGAAGCUUCACGAACAGUAUCCUAAUAUGAGAACAAUAACAGUGACCAACAGCGGUAACCCAGACAGCCACUACACCUGCACACUGAAAAAUGCAGUGAGUGUGGAGACCAGUGAUCCAGUGUAUUUAAAAUAUCUGUUUCAUGAUUCGAACACAGCAAUUGUCAUUGCAGUCAUCAUUUCUUUGAUUAUUUUGAUCGCUAUGGUUACUGUCAUCCUUUUCCUCAAAAGACAUCAAAUAAUUGGUUAUCGUGCUGCUCGCCGUGGGAAACUUCAGAUGCAAAGCAACAGGAGGAUCUUCUGGACCCAUUUGUCUGGUCAUCGGCUCUAAAUCCCAGCUUUACUAAAGCAACUGGAGCUCCUAACCAUCUGUGCCUUCAUAACUUUGACUGUUGCUUUUGGACCUCUCUGUCUCCUGGACCUCGUUGAUGGUGUUGGAACUUCCUCAUUUGGUUCUGAAUACUAUGCUACAUAUGCAAAUAGCCUACUUAGUUUUCAGGGAGGGACAAUGGUACCAAGCAGAGAGUUUUGCAGGCGUGGCUGAUUGUGUAGAAAUAAAUACCUACUAAAAAUGUCUAUCAUAUUAAGCAAAACAUAAAACACAUAUAGACCUGAAAUGGUAUACAUGAAAACCAAGGCAAAAAGAUUUGUGUCUUCAGGGAAACAUGAACGGCAACGCAUGCAUAUGAAAAAUCUAAGCUUUAAUCAAUUUUACAUCUCUUACAUUUCUACAUAACAGAUUAGUUUGUAUUGUGUAAUUACUGUAAUAGGUUGCAGUUUAAAUACAUGUCAGAAAAUAUGUAAAUCAGCUAUUGUUAGAGCACUCCAAAUAUUCACUCCAAGAUUAAUGUCCAAAAAGUUGAAGAUCCAGCACACAGGUAGUCAGUUUGUAGUGUGCUAAUGUAAUGCGCAGUUCAUUAAAGCAGUUUAUUUAAUGCCACAUGAAAAAAUACUAUAGGUAAGGGAUGAUCGACCGCU